AUGCAGCUUGAACUGAACCAGUGUCUCUCUCUCUCUCUCUCUCUCCAGUAGUCUUGCACAGACACACACACGCACACACACACAGGCGCUAGAAGUCGAGUUAAAAAGGGAUGUCGGCUAAGUAUUCGGUGAUGGUGAUUGAAAGAGGGCCGCCAACAGGAGCUGAAGGUUGGUUGCAUACGUUACAAGCUGCCCUUAUCAGAGACCCUGGGGUACAUCGAGAUGGCAGAGAGUGACAUUGUGCCUGGCGGGCAGAGACUGAGGUUACGUGAGCGAAGGGGUACCGCAGGCCCCAGUGCAGCUCGCAAGGGGACCGGGGGUUUGGGUUCAGCCGGGCAGUGGGAGGACGAUGUCUGCUCGGCCUCCUCCAAAAACCAGCCUGGUCCCGGUGCCCCAGCCCUCCCAACCAAUCAGCAACUCCAGACAGGCGCGAGAUCAUUGGGCAGAGCUGCCAUCCCACAGGUGGAGGGCCGAGAUUGCCCAGAUCCGGGAGUAGGCCGGGAACGCGGACAGGCCCAGAAGGACAGAGGGCCAAGAUGCACCUACUUAACAGAUAGUGUCCUGGGCUGCCAGGAGCCUCCGGUCGACAGAGAGGGGAAGGCUCCCAAACAGGGCACGGAUCCGGGAUUAACGGGUAGGGAAUGGCCAGGAACGAUCAGCUCGGGAGAUGCGCCUUGGCCAACCAGGGAGAAGCCUCCUCUGAAACUUACUGCCAAGAGCUGGAGGCCUCCAAAAGGGUUCUGGAAAGUUCUCGGAAGGGAAACCGCUCCUCCGGGCAAAAGGGCGGGUACCUCUCGUGACGUGAUUGCCCGGGAGGAGACCGGGAAUGCCAACAUCUUGGAGCAUCUGAGCAGCCGCAGCGGCGUCGGCUCGAGGGCUGCGCUGGUGGGGUUGCCGGGGGCCGACGUUUUGGGGAGGUCUGCCGCCGGGCCGGAGAAAUGGAGCGCGCGCAGGCUGGGCCAGCUGGAGGCACUGUGGAGGACGGACAGCUGGGAGAGCGUGGGCAGUAACCCUGGCCUAGUGUCGCUGAGUGAACGGGUGGAGAUGAACCGCUUCCUCCUGAAGAGAAUGCCGAAGGCAGCUGACUGGCUCGAAGGUCAGUCCCAGGAGGACCCCACAGCCCAUGUCUGCCAACGUGAACCCCUCCUGAUGGCAGACCACACCUUCCCUGGAAACGAACUCAUCAAACAAGGCUGCGGAAUGGUACAGAGCGACAGUGACUGGGACUCCGGCAUUUCUCUACAAGAAUCUGACCACGGUGUGAGAGCCUUUGUGUUGCCUGGCCAGCUGCCCCUGAGUCGCAGACACGAGCAGGCGAAGCUGCUACUCGAGAGAGCUCGAAUGAAGGCCCGAGCCAGUCCUCUGAAAGCUGAUCACAGCAUUCUACCCAUCGAGAGGAGCCCUCAGGAUGCCCGCGUGGAUGGCAGCUCGUCACCAAAGAGGGGGCCCACCUCCAGAGAGCGGUUUUGUCCGGGCGCCCCCAGUGGCGAACCCCAUUGCGGAGCACGAGAGAAACGGAGCCAAUCGCCAAGCCGCGUGAGGUUCGAGGACGAGUCGACCCAGGAGGCCGAGGCCCGCUACCAGCUGCAGAGGAGGUGCGGGGCUGAGCCCUCGGGGCACUGGGUGACCAGGAGCCUGCCUGGCCUCCCGGCCUAUCGGUUGCCCAGGAAGGAGUGCUUGCUGAGGGUCGACGCGGAAGACGCUGUUAAAGCACGCGGCAAAGCUCCCCGAGCACGGGGCACCGCUGGCCCACACGCCAACGGUGAGAUGCCAGCUGGCGGGGCGUCUCUCCCCCUUGCCUACACCGCCUUCUGCAUUGACGGUAAGUGUAGCUCUUGUGGCUCCUACAUCAUUUCAGAGCCGGCGGUGCGUGGGCUUGAGCCCCCUUCCUAUGAAUUUCCGGAUGCCAGGCUCGGAGCCCAGGGUGAGGAGGUCUACCUCCCCGGUCGGCUGGAAAUUCCCCGGGAUCCUGUGCCCAGCCUGAGUGCGGGACCUGGAGAUGUGGUUUGUUCGCUGGCUCCCAGAACCAUACCUUGUGGGGCUCUUCUGUCAGGGCCAAGGAUCACAAUCGAGCCCAUUAGGGAGACCUACAUUGGUGACGUGACUUCCAUCGAUGACAUCCCUGUGAUUGGCGUGACCACUUGCAGCCCAGGCGAUGCAGAGAGGGAGGAUUGUAAAGGCACGAGAGUCGCAUCAUGCUACCAUGCUGUCGCGUCAGGCAGCGAGGGAGGGAGAGCAGGAAAUGUCGGAACCCCUGCCCGUCACAUAGACUCGCCAAAGAGUGGCCUCGGGAAGAACGGUGCCCCCUCCGACCCUCGGACAGCCCCAGCCGACUGUGGGUCAGGGUCCAGAGGGGAGAUGGAGGAGAGGGGGAGGGUCUGCGGCCAGCAGUGCCGUGGAGUUGAGAGCACUGGCCGACUCGGACGGGGCGCCGAUUCCAAGGUAGCGGCCAGGGUUUGUGUGCCAGGGGUCAGUCCCGAAGCAGACCCGAGCUCAGGGCAGGUUCCGGAGAUGCCCUCCCUUUGUAAGAAGAAGCAGCAGCAGCUGCUGCCCCACCCUGCAUCACUGUGCCCAGCAGGGAGGCCCGAUCGCAGCCCUGACCAGAGCCAGGGGGUCUCCAGCUUGCCGUGCCUGCCCCUUCCUCUGGAAAGUGGCAGGAGGGGUCUUGGAAACGGGCAGGGCGAGGAGGCCCGAGGCGGACCUGGGGAACCUGGGACAGACCCGGCGCUCCCCACAAACCUCCCGGUUAAGGCUCGCGGCCGGCACCCGUCACUGAAGAGGCUGCCGGGCAGCAAAGGCGAGCCAGGCUCAUGCCAGCAGGGCAGAGUGCCACGUCACACCCACACAGACAGCCACGUCACACACCCUGGCAACUGCCCAUCUCAAUGGGGCGACGCAGGGAGACCGCCCGGCUCCCCACCCCUUCUGGAAGCUUCUUCCCUUCAGCCUCAGCGACAGGUGCCACGUGACCGCACACGGGCCUCGUGCCCUUCAGAACCCAGUGCCCACCCACUGCCAGAUUCAGACCCUCCCUGCCCGAGGGACCCACUGGCUGACAGCUCAGGCCAGAGCUCGGGAAGACGGACCCCCCGCACGGGGAGACCCUCCACGGCGACCUGUCGGCCCAUCAAUCCGAACGGCGGGCUCUCCCCCUCUGAGCACCAGGGGUCUAUCGAAGCCAGCAAGACUGGGAAUAGUUGGAGCAGUGUUGGUGCUGAGGGGAUGUCCACAUCCGAGCAGGCUGCUGAGAAGGACCUCAGUAAAACAGAACGGAAGCUACCAAAGGUGAGGAUAAGGCCCCACGACAACACUGACAGACUGGAGGAGCCAAAUCCAGCCGUAGCAUCAGAUCUUGGGGAGUGUCAGGGGUUGGCACAGCCUCCUGAGGCAGAUCCUGCUGCCUAUCAGUCCGGGAACAGGCCAUACGUCUGCAGAGAGAGUCCUGCCCACCACUCGACCAGCUGGCCUUCAGAAGACAACCAAGUGCUAGUAGACCCCGGCUAUGGCUCUGGAUCUCGGCGUGUUACUGAGAGCCAGCAGAGACCACGCUCCGUCCUGAAGGCCUAUUUCUCUUCCAUUGGCCACAGUGCCAUCAGGAAGCUGAGCAAGCUCCGCUCGGCCAGUAUGGAGCAGCUUAGCCCUCCAUCAGCGGACCCUCAGCCUGCAGCGAAGAGGAGCGAGGAGAUUGAAGCAAGGCUGAGGAAGAGUCCUUCUCUCCAGUCUCUCCGGCUGGUGUCCCCAUUGGCUCACCUGAGGAAAGCUAUCUCUUUCCAAUCUCUUCACCCCCAGGCACGAAGAAAUCGUUCCAGUUCCUACCUGGUGCAGGAGGUGCCAGAAGCUGGCUUGGGAAGGAGUGGGGCCCAGCCUCCUGGCCGCAGCCCAGUGAUGGCUCUGCGUGGAGGAGACCUUGCUCCAGCCAGACACCUGACGCUCGUUGGCCAAGUGACACAGACAUUCGCUGAUGCCAGCUUCAUUCUUGAACUCUCCAAACCAGCAGGGGCGCUGUUUGGGUUUCACAUCUCCAGAUCGGGUGGACGUAUAUUUAUUCACCAGAUGGCAGAUCAGAAUGCUGAGAAGCUGUACACUGGAUUGCUGGAAGUGGGGGAUGAAAUUCUGGAGGUGAAUGGGGCAAGUGUUGAGGAUCUGAGCUUCACUGAGGUGAACAGCCUGAUGCUGGAGUACAGCACAGUGUCCAUUUGGAUCAGAAGGCAUAAUGGGACCAGACAGUCACAUGAACAGUAAUGGCCAUUGGCCUGUGGUUUGAAUUCUGUCCAAGUACAGCACUUUCAGGAUUUACACACAUUCCAAAACUUAUCCACCUGAAUCCUCGUACUCAGAACAUGGGCUUGGGACUGUAAUAAGUUGCCAUUUGGGUGCCCUAUCAAAGGCUGGGGUCCUGUAUGUUUACAUACAACGUUACUGGGAAAGAUAAGGUGGCUUCAAAAUUUGAAACCAUUCCAACUGCAUCUGCUUUCCACAACCUGUUAUCACCUCAGGAGGUGUCCUGAAUUCAUAUCGAUGUUAAGCAUCCUUAUCAUUCAAUGUCCCGUGUGGCACAUUGAAUCUCCUCACUGGGGUAACUGAGGAAUCUACUUUUCCCAAGUUCUGAUUGGCUGGAAUCUUCCUCAAUAUCUGAUUGGCUGGACAGUCCUGCUGGCCCUCAGUAUUGAUCUGCACCUUCACAUUCUGCAGGAAUUGGGCUUUGUAUUAAAACUGAGAUUGAUCCUUUGCCCUCCCAACCAAGCCACUCCCUCCCGUCGGGGGGUUUAAUGAGCCCAUAUACUGAGAACUGCAAACAGCUUGAACCAGCUUUGUAUAUUCCUCACAAUGGACAUGAAUGAUAAAAUAAACUGGACUACUGGACCAAGGUAAUAUGGUCUUGCCCUGUCAGAAAGCAGCUUCCAGACACUAGCAAACCAUCACUAUACCAGCCUUUUUAAACUAAGAGAACUCUGAGGCUUUAUUCCUUCAUCCAACAGCAGCUGCAGUGUUCAGUGGCUUCAUCGCGGAGACUGCCUCAUCAUUGUCAGUAAUAUUUUAUAAAUCUUCAACACAGAAACAAAA